AUGGCAGCUGUUGCUAUUGGCUGUCCCUGUGAUUUUCUUCGCCGUUACGUGAUCGUAAUGUUGAGCCACACGACAUGGCCGCGAAGAGAUUGACUCGUAGACGAGAUUGAGGAGCGAACGCGCUACUCUAAGGAAUCUCAUCCAGCGAAUCGAUCCGGCAAUUAGGUAACAUGAAAUUGUGGAUUGUAAUAGCGCACAUCGUAUUAGUAGCUACUAAUCUAUGGGUUACGGCGCAUUUCCAGGAAGAAGUACCCGAAGAUAAUGAAUUUGCUGAAUUUGAAGAUUUUGAGGAAGAAAAGCCAAGUCUACAUGUUGAACGUGUAUCAGAAUCGAUACAGAAAGAAGAUCAAGAUUUUGAGGAGGACGAGGUAGACGUCUCAGAUGUGGCAGAUGGAGACAGUGAAUUUGAUCACUUCCAAGAUGAGGAAGAAUUUGAAGGCUUGGACCUUGCAGGAGGUAAUGCUGGUCCAAAAACCGAUGAACCUUCGACAUUGACCAUUACGAAAGUUCCGUUACAUCUGCGGGAUAGAUGGGAUAGCUUUUAUUUAGAAAUACUAAUGAUCAUUGGAUUGUUGGUAUACUUUAUAAAUUACAUAGUAGGACGUUCGAGGAAUGCUCGUAUAGCCGAGCAAUGGUUAAUAGAUCAUAAGCAACUCCUGUUGGAUAAUUUCUCUCUCGUUGGUCAUUCAAAUAAAUCAGGUGAUAACGUCAACGACAAUGAUUUAAUGAAAGAGAGCGAAUCGCAAUAUAGUUUGUACUGUUCAGGACGGGUCGGCUGCGACUCGAUGCUCAUCGAAUUGAAAUUAAUAAAGAGACAAGAUUUAGUCGCUGUCUUAGCUCAAUUAGUGCGUCCUCAAAAUGAUCAAGCUCACAUACAUGUAGAGCUCUCAAAGGAUGAGAUAGACAACUUCGUUUUAGCAGUUGCUACAAAACGAACAGCAAUGCACUUGGUGCGCGAUAUGGCUGACAUCAGUGUGUAUUGCCCGGAGAAACGACCUGGGGAAAAAUUCGGUCUUCCAUCAGGUUUCUAUGUAAUGUCCGAGAUCGCAGAAACAACGUCGGCUAUCUUGGACACCAAAGUUCUGCAAACCUUCUCAAAAUUUACGCCUUAUAUAGAUUACAUUCACAUUAGCGAUCAAUUCAGUGGACGCAAACAACAAGAAGAUACUACUCAAUUAACAAUGCCUGAAGUAAAAAGGGUAUUGUUGAUGGGCCUGAAUAUAAGUCUUAAAGGUCGCACAUGUAACGCGGAAACUCAGGAGAGACUCAAACUUCUACUUCAACUUACUUUUUAUUUAAUCGAUAAACUACGACGUUUCAAGUUAUCUAAAGAGAGUAAAAAUAAAGCGGAUAAAAAUAGACUCAAAGUAGAGGAGGCUUUUUUGAAGACGACGCACGCCGCAAGAGCUGAAGCCGCGGCGCAAAGACGGGAAGAGCGUCGAAGAGCCGAGAAGGAGAGAAUUCUCCAAGAGGAGGAUCCUGAUAAACAAAGAAAAUGGGAAGAGAAAGAACAACGAAGACUGGCGAAAAAACGUGCUCCUAGAAUGAAGCAACUCAAGGUGAAAGCUUUAUGACCAGUUACGAUCAAAACUAACGAGCUGGUCGCAGAUUCUAGAGAACCAUUUACUACCGCUGAAAUAUUCGCAAAGAGAAGAAUUUGUUGAAAAAUGUACUUCGUCCAAAUUAUGCUAAAUUUAAAUCUUCAUCGAUCCACGUAUUCAUUCAGCGUCCUUACACACAAAGUAUUGAACUUAUUAAAGAAAGUACAAACGACUGUGAACGCGAAUAUCCUGCGAAUGGUAAGUUUGUUGUGUGACGUAUACUUUAUUUGCUCUACUGCCAGCUUGUAUACUUAAAUAUCAUAGAGACAUAUAAUAUUUCUCCAUGUUGAAUUAAAAAUUAUAAUAAAAAAUUUAGCAUCUACUAUAUACAUGUAUUAGAAAUGAUACUAUAUUUAUUUUGAUGCUACACACCAACAAAUUGUUAUGAUGAGAUAGUGAAAUUGUUUUCCUUUAAAUGUUAACAUUUAAUAUUUCCAGUAUCCAAAGAAAUUAACAUUUUAAGAAUCUUCUUAUCUAAGAUAAACAUGUUAUUAAUUUAAUAAUUGACAUUAUCUCUAUAAAACUAUGUAUUGACUCAAAUGUAUCUAAUAUCUUUUUAUAUUAUUAUAAAUCCAUCAAAUAUAUAAAGAAAAAGAGUAUAAUUAUUGUAUAAAAAUCGGAUUUGAGCUUAUCCUAGAGUACAUAAAGUGGAAAUAUACGUAUUAUUUAUUGUAUAUAACAAUGGUAAUUAAAAAUCUGUUUUUCCAAACAACGUGCCACAGUGUCUAAUUUAAAUAUGUAUAAUUACGAUUAAUAGGUGGAUAUAAGACAUAUACAU